AUGCUCGUCGGGGCGCUGGCGCUCGCUGGCCUCCUCGGCCUCGUCUUUGUGAGCGGAGGGAGCCACUUCCAGGACCCGCUGUUCUGCGUGUUCGUGGUCUUCUCCUUCACCUCUGCCGUGGACCUCGUCAUCGCGCUGGAGGAGGACGGCUUCAUCUCCGGCUUCAUGGAGCUCUACGUGAGGGAGGGCCAGCCCUACCUGCGCACGGCGCACGGCAUCACCCUCUGCUACUGGGACGGCACCGUCCACCACGGCCUCUACCUCGCCAUGAUCGCGGCCAUGAGCCAGAGGAGGAACUACAGGAGCCUGGGGCUCUUCUGGCUGGGCUCCGUGAUGAUGAGCAUCGUCGUCUUCCUCCUCGGCAACCUCAUAGGGAAGUACAGCUCGGACCUGAGCGCGUCCUUCCUGCUCAACGUGCCCUACGUGAUCCUGCCCGUCUGGGCCGGGCUGCGGCUCUUCCAGCAGCCGCGGGCGCUGCCGGGUCUCACGGCCGACGAGGUCACGGAGGAGCAGCGCAAGGGGCUGCACCGGCGGCCGCAGGACGCGGCGCUGAUCGUCCUGCUGCUCCUGGCCGCCGUGUUCACCUUCUUCAGAGGGAUGGUGGUCCUGGACUGUCCCGCUGACUCCUGCUUCGAGUACAUCUACCAGCGCGAGCCGUACCUGCGCGACCCCGUCGCAUACCCCAAAGUGCAGAUGCUGAUCUACCUCUUCUACGUGCUGCCCUUCUUCUGCCUCGGCAUCUACGGGCUGCUCCGGCCCGGCUGCUCCUGGAUGCCCGAUUGGAGCCUGGUGGUGGCCGGUGCCAUGGCCCAGGAGGCCGGCUUCGGCGACGCCUCGCUCAUCAUCCGCAACGUCACCCUGCAAGACUACGGCCGCUACGAGUGCGAGGUCACCGACGAGCUCGAGGACGACACCGGCACCGUCAAGCUGGACCUCGAAGGCGUCAUCUUCCCCUACCACCCGCGCCUGGGCCGCUACACGCUCAACUUCCACGAGGCGCAGCGCGCGUGCCAGGAGCAGGACGGCAUCCUGGCCUCGCACGACCAGCUGCACCAGGCCUGGCUCGAGGGGCUGGACUGGUGCAACGCGGGCUGGCUGCAGGACGGCUCCGUGCAGUACCCCAUCGCGCGCCCCCUGGGUUCCUGGUCCCCUGCUGCCAGGUGGACGGUGCUGUGGGAGCAGUGCCAAGCGGGGCGUAUGGCUCCAUGGGAGAUGGAUAAUGCCAAGGAUCUGGGCAGUUCCAUGGGAGCAGGAUGA